AUCAUUCUGAUUCGCGGAUUCAACGAGGUUAUCACUACACGGAGUGGUCAACAAGAAUUCUAACAUGGUCCUAACAUUAUACAAAAUGGACGCCAGUCCCCCUGUGCGGGCGGUAUACAUGGUUAUCGAAGGCCUUAAAAUUCCUAAUGUGAAAUAUGUUGAAACUGACCUGUUGGCCGACGAGCAUCUAAAGGAUGAGUUUCUAAAGAUGAAUCCACAGCACACAAUACCACUUCUGACAGAUAGAAACUUCCAAAUUUGGGAUAGUCAUGCAAUAAUAACGUAUUUGAUGAAUAAAUACGGCAAAAGCUCUUCAUUGUAUCCAACUGACCCGGAAAAGAGGGCUCUUGUGGACUUAAAACUGCAUUUCGACAGCGGCAUCCUAUAUCCAGCUUUGAGAGAAAACGAUGAGCCUAUAUUCUUCGGGACCGCCACAUCUUUAAAGCCUGAAGGUGUUGCUAAGAUCAAAUCGGCCUAUGAUUUCACGGAGAAGUUUUUGACUGGAGUUCAUUGGCUAACUGGAAAUGAAUUGACAAUCGCAGACAUGAGUUGUGUAGCAACUGUCAGCACUCCUAAUGAACUGGUUCUAAUUGAUGAAAAAUUAUAUCCAAACAUAACCGCUUGGAUAAAACGUUGUUCAGAAUUCGAUUUUUACAAGAAAGGAAACCAGCCUGGCCUUUUGGAGUUCCGCAGACUGCUGAAAGAAUAUCUGGCUCGUAUAAUAAUGCCAUAUCUAUAUAUACACGCGGUUGGCUCGAUAACGGUAACAAUACGUCUUAAACAAAACGGCUGCAGCGGCCUGUGGCACUUCGGUCCACAACUUGAAGCGAUUCGAUCGUCUCUGCGAAUAAGCGAGCUCGGAUUUUCAUUUGAACAAAAUCUAAAAGAUAUAACAAUGGGUUUGACAGUUUACAAGAUCGACUCUAGUUCCCCUGUAAGGUCUGUGUUCAUGACCAUUGAAGCCUUAAAUAUUCCAGAUGUUGACUAUGUGAAUGUCAACUUGUUGGAAGGAGAACAGCACAAAGAAGAAUUUACGAAGUUGAAUCCUCAACACACUGUGCCGCUUUUAAAAGAUGAUGACUUUUGCGUUUGGGACAGUCACGCAAUUGCUGUAUAUUUGGUGACCAAAUAUGGCGCCGACGAUUCUCUUUACCCAGCUGAUCCGAAAAAGAGGGCCGUCAUUGAUCAACGUCUCCACUUUGAUAGUGGGAUUCUGUUUCCAGCUUUACUGGAAGCUGUUCUACCAGUGUUCUACAAAGGGGAGAAAUCGUUCAGAUCCGAACACCUGGAGAAGAUCACGAUGGGUUACGAAUUCGCUGAGAAGUUCUUGGCUUCGUCACAAUGGUUUGCUGGUGACCAGAUAACGUUGGCAGACAUUUGCUGCGUGUCUUCUAUCAGCACCAUGAACGAAAUUAUCCCCAUAGACAAGGAUUUGUACCCCAACCUCGCGGGCUGGUUAAAACGAUGCGGGGAACAAGAGUUCUAUAAGAAGGGCAAUGAACCCGGCUUGGAACAAUUCCGGGAUCUCAAGAAAUUGAAAUUGGCCUAAGGCUCAAGACCUGCUCAGAUGCCCAGAUUUUUAUUUUUAGUGUUUCUUCAUGCCUUUGAGUAUUGCUUUUCAAAUGCUUCAUGUAUUUGUUAAAGCAAUAUAUUAAUGACUAGAUUAAAAAUAUUCAGAAAAAACAUUAUUAUUAAUAUUAAAUGUUACUGAUUAGAAAAA